UACAAACAAUCAGGAUUGCCAGAACCUCUGGUCAUGGCUUUCUCUUUAGCACCAAGCUGUUUCCAUGGCUAUCUCACCAGCUGUUCAUUCUCCACCACUCAAUUUUUCCCGCCUUCUCUCUCUUGCGGCGGCGUCUCUGCUUCUCCCGUUUCGAAGCUAAGAACAUGUGUUAAAUUCGAUAAGUUUCAAGGUGAUGCUCCUCUUGAACAGACCACAUCAGCUUCUACUUCCCCUGCUUCAUUAGAAGCUGAUGACCCAUCAGAAGAAGAAGAAGAAGAAGACGACGACUGUUUGCCUAAUGAUCUGGUGGGAGCUGUUAGGCAAUCAGGUGAAGCGAGUGCCUCGUUUGUGAACUCGGGAGGAACAAGAGCCAUCGUGGAGCUCUUGAUUCCUCAACUGCAGUUCUUAGACGAUGAAGGUGCGCAAGCUGAGCUUUGGGAGCUUUCUCGCGUUUUCUUGGAGACACUCAUUAAAGAAACUGGUUGUGAGAGAGUUAAAGCUGUGUUUCCAGAUGCCGGAGCUGCUGCGUUGCUAAAAUAUAAGUGGAAGGAUGCAGCUUUUGGAUUCGCUAGCUUAAGUGACCGUAAACCAGUGGAGAAAGAAGAUGAGAUUAUUGUCAUGGUUGUUCCUGAUUACCAAAUGCUUGAAUACGUUGAGAAAAUUGCAAAAGGGCUCGCUGAUGACCCGCCAAGGCCUCUGGUUAUGUGGAACCCUCGUCUUAUAAGCGAGGAAGUUGGGGUUGGGUUUAACGUGAGAAAGCUAAGGCGUUACUUCCUAAGUUCUUUUACUACGGUUUACUCGAUGAGACCUCUGGCUGCUGGUGCUGUUUUCAGGUGUUAUCCUGGUAAAUGGAAAGUGUUCUAUGACAAUAAAGACAGACCGGGCAGGUAUCUACUCGCCAAAGAACUCAUUGGUCGACCCGAUGCUGAGGAUCUCGAGAUUAUAUAUGGGAACGUGGAAGAGAAACCAGAUGAAGAGCCAUCUUUAUUGAGUCAAGCUGCUGGAAUUUUCUCAUCCAUUAACAGGUUCAUGAAAGCCAUGUGAAGAUAGAUGAUUUCUUCUCUCUCUCAAGAGUAGUACCGUUCCCACUAGUCUGGUAUUAUGAAUGUAACUAAAAGGGAAUGUUUGUAUAUCUUUUGUAUGCUAUUUACAUCAUAACGAAAUAGAAUACAUACUCGUAAGAGAGGUCUGUUACUUCUGUUAACCUCUCUGGCCUA